AUGUAGACGUAGUUUUUCCUUGACAUAAGAUCAGAUAAGCAGUUAGAAGAAUUCGUUUAAAAGUCUAAAUUUUUCAAAGAAGCGUUCCAAAUUUUCCUUCAAAAGCUUGAACUUUCAAUAGUAUUUUCGAUCUCAAAUUUUGAACUUAACCGCAUUUUUUAAUACAUCAGGUUCUACCAGUACUUCAAUCACAAACUAAGAAACAAUAUAAUGCAACUAAUAUUCUAAGGAAUACUUCUUAACCUCCAAAAACAGAGAAAAAUCAGCACCUCGUUUCUAUAUAAGCGGAAUAUAAAUGCCUUUGUAAAACAAUUUAAUGAAAUUCUCAAGAGUGAUAUGUCCUUUGCUUGUCUAAGUAAUGGCUAACUGCAGGGCAUAUCCUUCUUUUGCCCUCUGUUAGAGCCUAGUAAAGGAAUAUCAACUCAAUUAAUAUACGGUAUGAUAAGAGGAAUCGUUGCCUGGUUUUAUGAAAAUCAGACUCGGUUAGAUUAUUUGAAGAAUGUCCGCAGCAUCAAGGAAAGAGAAGAAUAGAAUAACAACCUUUCAUUUUUGAGAUCAUUUUCACUUAUUGGCUAAAUUGAACAACAAGUUAUCAUGACUCAUCAAUUCAUUGAGAGAGAUUAGAUUAGAGGCUAAUUUAAGCAGGAGAGAGACUUUAGCUUCAAAUACCUGAAUGAUAUGAUAAACAAUCUCAGAGUUUAAGCUGCUUUUGAUGAAAGUCGGAUUGUAACCGAUUUUGGUAAAGUAAAGCAACUUAGUGAAAUUUAGGUUUUAAUCAGUUUACAGUUAGCUCUUCAAUUGAUUCACAAACACUACUCUAAGUUAUUAAAAAUUGAUUCAGAAGACAAAAAAAUGCAACUAAUAUAAGCUUUAUACUGUGAAAUCUCGGUGUUAUUAGAUUAAGUUUUGUUCUUUGAUAGUCAUAGUAACAUAUUUAUCAAGAGAUUUGAGAUUGAAUUGAGAAGAUUUAGAUCUAAAGCUACCAAGUAUCUUAAGAAAUAAUAUAUAAAAUCCAUGGACAAACUAAUUCAAAAGUAGUUUGUCAAAUAAUCUUAUAAACCCCUUGCAUCAUUCGAUGAUGAAAAAUUUGUAUUGAGUAAAUAUGCCAUAGAUAUAGGAGGAGAGUUCAAAAAUUGGAGGACAUUGCAUGAUAAUGAUUACGACAUUUUCCAGGAUAAACUAAAAUACUAUCAAUAAGAAUUGAUAAUGCUUAGAUUACUCAGGGUUAUCAAAGAGUAAAAGAUAAAGUUAGAUGUGAAUAGUUCAAUUGUGGUAGCAUUUGAUAUUAAUCACAUUAUUGAUUGUAUCAAAGAGAGUGAACUAGCAAAGGAUGAUGUGCAUUUCUUGAGUCGAUUGAAUAGCCUUGAUGAACUGCAAAAAUGGAAAAACUUUUUUAAUGAAGUAGUUGAAGGGCAACUUUAACCUUAGAGAUACAACAUUGAAGAGGAGAGUAAAAUAGAUGAAGACUUUGAAUAGAUUAAGAAAAAUCCUAAGCCUAAGAAAAAUGAAACUUCUCAUGUGAGGAUCAAACCUUAAACAUCAGUUUAAAUAAGCCAAAAAAUAAAAGACAGUAUAACCUUCAUGAAAGAAUGA